CGCGAGACAUCCAAUCAGCCCUCAACAUCGUGCUCAAGAUGGCUUGCCAGCACGCACGGCUACUCAGGGACAUGGCGGCAUCGGAGUGGAUCAGCGUCGUGACGCCGACGGAGACGGACAUCGUGAAGGUGGGAAAGGACACGGGCAAGCAGUACGCGCAGGUGGCAGCGAUACCAGCGGCAAAGGCAGACCUGGGCCCCCCUCAUUUGUACAUCGCGCGCGCCGCGUUCAGAUCCCUCUCGGAGUCAGCGGAGAUCCAGCAGAGAGAGGCAGCAUCGCACCAGUCGGUGCACACCUUCUACACGAAGCACGUAUCAGGAGCGAACGCGAUGGAACUUGGCUUGAUGAUCAGACACUUCCGACUGCGCAAGUGCUACAACGAGGAGUAUACGCGGAUCCAGUUCGCGAUCUCGGACGGCCUGACAAUUCCCAAGGUGGGCACCGAGGAGGAGGUGGCGAUGAGCAAUUUGGAGAUCGAGCAGGCAAUGGUGAACUGCCUAGGGCACCUGAAACAGCUGGCACAGAAGCUUCUCGACAAGGGCAAGAAGACCGACAAGGGCGGCAAGAAACGUUAUGGACGCAACAUGCCUCGCACUGGGAAGAUCGAUUGGCAGCUUUGCGCGAACGAGUCUUGUUGA